AUAGAACUGGGCGGGCCUUAGAUAACCAGAUUAAGAGGCGAGGAUUUGGUGGGCGAGUCCUUCAGGUAGCAUGGGGCAUCGUACUCUAUCCUCGGUCCCUGCCCUAUGGGCUUCUAUCCCCUGUCCACGCUCUGAGCUGCGCCUGGACUUGGUUCUGGCUUCUGGACAAUCCUUCCGGUGGAGGGAGCAAAACCCUGCGCACUGGAGUGGCGUGCUGGCAGACCAGGUAUGGACACUGACCCAGACUGAGGAGCAGCUCUACUGCACUGUGUACCGAGGGGAAAAGGGCCAGAUUGGCAGGCCCACACCAGAAGAGCUAAAGGCAGUGCAUCAGUACUUCCAGCUGGAUGUCAGCCUGGCUCAAUUGUAUUGUCACUGGAGUUCCGUGGACCCCCACUUCCAAAAGGUAGCCCAGAAAUUUCAAGGUGUCCGACUCCUACAACAGGACCCCAUCGAGUGCCUUUUCUCCUUCAUCUGUUCCUCCAACAACAACAUUGCCCGCAUCACUGGUAUGGUGGAGCGGCUCUGCCAGGCCUUCGGACCUCGGCUCAUCCAGCUCGAUGAUGUCACCUACCAUGGCUUCCCCAGCCUGCAGGCCCUGGCUGAUUAUGGAUGUGAACAGCCCUUUGGAAAGGUUAAGAAACUCAAUUGGGGAGUUCCUCCAGGGCAGCAAGUCCUUCUGAGUCCCUGUUCCAGUGACCAACACAUAGUAGGGCUGGAGGUGGAAGCUAAGCUCAGGAAGCUGGGCCUUGGGUACCGUGCCCGCUAUGUGAAUGCCAGUGCCCGAGCCAUCCUUGAAAAACAGGGUGGGCUGCUGUGGCUACAGCAGCUGCAAAAGGCCCCCUACGAAGAGGCCCACAAGGCCCUCUGCACCCUGCCUGGGGUGGGUACCAAGGUAGCCGACUGCAUCUGCUUGAUGGCCCUAGACAAGCCCCAGGCCGUGCCAGUGGAUGUCCAUGUGUGGCAGAUCGCCCAACGUGACUACAGCUGGCACCCCACCACAACCCAGGCCAAGGGUCCAAGCCCCCAGGCCAACAAGGAACUAGGAAACUUUUUCCGGAGCCUGUGGGGACCUUAUGCUGGCUGGGCCCAAGCAGUACUGUUCAGUGCUGACCUGCACCAACCCCACCAAGAACCACCAGCAAAGCGCAGAAAGAGAUCUACAGAAGGCUAGGGGAUCCUGACCCUGGAUCCAGGGACCUAGAGCUGGGGGGACAGUCUGGGGGACAUUUCUGGACCUGGCUCCACACAGCAGUCUCGACAGCAGCAGCCAGCCGCUGGCCCUACAUGG